GGGGCGGGCGCGAGGGCGGGGACCCGGCUGACUGGAGCAGCCCCGGGGAGAACCGCAGUCCCCGACGCCGGCAGAGCCGCGGACGAGCAGGGAGAAGAUGAGCCUAAAGUCUGAACGACGGGGAAUUCAUGUGGAUCAGUCUGAGCUCCUAUGCAAGAAAGGAUGUGGUUACUACGGCAACCCUGCCUGGCAGGGUUUCUGCUCCAAGUGCUGGAGGGAGGAGUACCAAAAGGCCAGGCAGAAGCAGAUUCAAGAGGACUGGGAGCUGGCAGAACGACUUCAGCGGGAGGAGGAAGAGGCCUUUGCCAGCAGUCAUAGCAGCCAAGGGGCCCAGUCCCUCACAUUUUCCAAGUUUGAAGAGAAGAAAACCAAUGAGAAGACACGCAAGGUUACCACAGUAAAGAAGUUCUUCAGUGCUUCUUCCAGAGUUGGAUCCAAGAAGGCAGAGAUUCAGGAAGCCAAAGCUCCAAGUCCUUCUGUAAACCGGCAAACCAGCAUUGAGACGGACAGAGUCUCCAAGGAGUUCAUAGAAUUCCUCAAGACUUUCCAGAAGACAGGCCAAGAAAUCUAUAAACAUACCAAGAUUUUUUUGGAAGGAAUGCAUUACAAAAGGGAUUUAAGCAUUGAGGAACAGUCAGAGUGUACUCAGGACUUUUACCAGAAUGUGGCUGAAAGAAUGCAGACUCGUGGAAAAGUGCCUCCAGAACGAGCUGAGAAGAUCAUGGACCAGAUUGAAAAGUACAUCAUGACUCGUCUGUAUAAGCAUGUCUUCUGUCCAGAAACAACUGACGAUGAAAAGAAAGAUCUCGCCAUUCAGAAAAGAAUCAGAGCCCUGCACUGGGUCACACCUCAGAUGCUGUGUGUCCCUGUUAAUGAAGAAGUCCCGGAAGUGUCUGACAUGGUGGUGAAAGCAAUCACAGACAUCAUUGAGAUGGACUCGAAGCGUGUUCCUCGUGACAAGCUGGCCUGUAUCACUAGGUGCAGCAAGCACAUCUUCAAUGCUAUAAAGAUCACCAAGAAUGAGCCUGCUUCUGCUGACGACUUCCUGCCCACCCUCAUUUACAUUGUCCUGAAGGGUAACCCCCCACGCCUGCAGUCCAACAUCCAGUACAUCACCCGCUUCUGCAACCCAAGCCGCCUGAUGACAGGCGAAGAUGGCUACUACUUCACCAAUCUGUGUUGUGCUGUGGCUUUCAUUGAGAAAUUAGAUGCCCAGUCUUUGAAUUUAAGUCAGGAGGAUUUUGACCGCUACAUGUCUGGCCAGACCUCCCCCAGGAAGCAGGAGUCUGAGAGUUGGUCUCCUGAGGCCUGCUUAGGUGUGAAGCAGAUGUAUAAGAACUUGGACCUCUUGUCUCAGCUGAAUGAACGGCAGGAAAGGAUCAUGAGUGAAGCCAAGAAACUUGAGAAAGACUUAAUAGACUGGACAGAUGGAAUUGCAAAGGAAGUUCAAGACAUUGUUGAGAAAUACCCACUUGAAAUUAAACCUCCAACUCAGCCGUUGGCAGCUAUUGACUCUGAAAAUGUUGAGAAUGAUAAACUCCCUCCUCCCUUGCAACCUCAGGUGUAUGCAGGAUGAUGUGGGCUCAUGGUGGUAUCUACUCAAGCCUGAAUUGUAGGGAACUCUCGUGCAGUCCACUGAUCCAGUCUAGAGUCAGUUGCUUAAUGAGUUGUCAGAGAAAUUUUAAGGUACAGUUUUUGGAGAUUGUCUUGUUUUGUUUUCCUGACAGGGGAAGGUUAGAAAAUAAUAAUGAAUUAUUUAUUUGAAUUAAUGAAUUAGAUUCAUUUAAGGUUUGUGUGAAAAUUUUUGUUUAAAUUCUUUAUUUCUUCCAUGAUUUUCUUCUGUGCUUCCUCUGUGGUAUUAACUGUAGUUGGUUUGGGGUAAAUAAUUGCCUUUCAAAGGAUAAAAGAAAUGGAUUCCACAAAGCCUAUAUUGAAAGGAAUUCAAUGUUGCCACACACUCCCAGUGUGAAAUAAUUUUUUAAUUGUAAAGAUAGAAGAUAUAUUAAUAAGUAAAUAUGUAAAAUUGUAAAUAUGUAAAAAUAAUACUGUCUGCUGUGCAUGGCAUUUCAUGUGUUAUUUUUUUUUUUUGUUUAAAAUGAAGUAUAUUGAGUGUUUGCCUUUGGUACCAUUUUAUUUUGUUUGUCCCACUAAAAUGAUUCUAAAAGUGUCUAUGCAUAUUUUGCUUAAAAUGUGGACUUCCCCUUCAAUAGAAUGUAGCCCUAUCUGCCCUGACUUUGAGAUCCUAUAUGACAAUGCAGCUUAUGAGGUUGUGAUGUCACUGAGCAUCACAAUAACUUUUAUUCAGUAUACACAGUAUAUACUUUGAACCUCUGAGCUAUGCUUCUAGCAGCUCUUCCUCCUGUUUAUUCAACAAGUUGCUCCCUACCUGUUUUAGUGAUUAUUAUUAUUAUUAUUAUUAUUAUUAUUAUUAAGGUAGGGUUUCACUCUAGCUCAGGCUGACCUAUUCACUAUGGAGUCCCAGGGUGGCCUCGAACUCUCAGCGAUCCUCCU